AUGCCGCCUUCGAACGGGCACCUGCUGCUCCCCAAGUUCUGGAGAGCAGCCAGGUCUGCCUACGAGAAGGCCUACAAGACUAUCAAGUCAAGGUUUCCGGAGCAAUUCCAACAGAGCUCACUUCGUCUUCAACCCGAGUAUGCGCGUAUAGUCAACAGACAGCCCAUCAAUCGUGCCGCUGCUAUCCGCCAAGCCCGCACUCGCCAGUACUCUACCCGUGCAGCAGGUUCCUUCGUCUCUUACCUUCGGAGUGGACUACAAGGCGAGCGUGCUGCCUACAAGACAUCUCGCGUUGCAUCGAAUGUCAGCCGCUUGACUAGCCAUGCUCCUUUUGCCUCAACCCUUCGUCCGAAUUUGACCGGCGGCACCCUGGGUCGUACGGCGGGAGGCUAUGCUAUUGGUGCCGGCCGCAUCGGUGGGGCACGAUACUUCUCCCAUGGCGCAGCUGCACCUGCACAGGUCCUCAACAAUGUGUCGGUAGGUGUUCGGGCAUUUUUCCUGUCCGGGAAGAAGGCUCGGUUCGAUGGAGUCGAUCCCAUCACCGGCAACAAGCGAUUCAAGGCUGUGAGCAAGCUCCAAGAUGAGGCUGAGCGGAAGAUGGCAGCCAUCCCUCGCACGGCUCCCGGCUCCUUCAUCGAUUUCCAGAUCUCCCCGACCAUCACCGCUUUCGGGUUGCAGAAGAACCUGGCUGCGACCGGAGCUUAUGACGUCCAGACCGUCAACUCGGAGGGUCUCAUGGACUUUCUGUCUGCGGACUUCGCCCGUGCUCUCAAGGAUCUCGCCGCUGUGCUCAACGACCUGAAGCGACUGGCCGCGCUGGGUGACUUGCCCAUUGAGUUGCAUGAUAAGUCUACCAUUCGGGUGCGGUUCCCUGGUUGCGAUGCUGGUACUGUUGAACGUCUUUGUGAUGAGGCCGGCGUUCGGAGGGGAAAGGUAAUGCAGGAUGAAGAUUUCGACAUCCGUAUGGGUGCCGAUCUUGCUCUUCUGUUUCCUUUCGCCCCCAGUGUGCCCGCAUCUCCCGACAUGGACGACUACUUUUAUCGCCCUGGGACCCUGAAGUCACAGGCUCCCGAGGAGGUGGAUUGGCAUGCAAUGAUGUCGCCUGAUGAGGCUACCGAAGCAUCUCCCGUACUCUACAAACAGCCAUCCAACCAACUCAGCUUUGAGGACGUGACUAUGUUUGCAGAGAAUCCCUGGGUGUCUUCUUCAUCAGGAUAUUCCAGCAUCAAUGUCAGCGAGCUCGGUGAUCGUGCCUUCUUUGCCGAGGUCCGAAGCAUCGGUGUGCCCGAGAGUACCUCCGAAUACGACGGAUCGGAUGGAAUUCGCAAAUUCAUAGCAGAGUGCGAUAUCGCUAGGCGACAUUAUUGA